AUGGUCGACUUAUCAUGGAACAGAGGCAUGAUUGCAGAGUCACGACCGCCGGUCAUGAAACCACCAGCGCCGACCAUGAUACCACCACAGCCGCAGGCAUCAACCUCUCGUCUCGAGCCAUGUGCCUCAACGGCUUCGCUCUUUCUGUACGCCCAAGGCUCUGUGAUUUCGUGUCUUCACCAUGAUACCCUAGCACUUGAGAGACGUUUUGAGAAUCACCAGGCAGACAUCGAAUUUAUUUCGGUUGACAAUGUCAGUGAGCGAGGUGCGGGCAGACUAGUGCUCAGCUAUGAUGUUGGGAAAACUGCGAUUGUUUGGGAUAUUUUCACAGGGACAGUGAUCGCAAGGUUCGCAUCUUUUGAACAACUCAAAGUGGCUACAUGGAUGCGAAACGGGAAUGUCGCUUUCGGAAAUGAAAAGGGCGAUGUUAUCAUCUUCGAACCCUCCACCUCGGAGCACAUUUCCUGCCGCACUAUCUUCGAUCCUAUAACCGCUCUUGCACCGGGCACAGACUGUCGAACAUACGCAAUUGGAUACCAAAACGGCUCUAUAAUGAUCGCUACACUCCACCCAACAUUCACGAUUUUGCAUACCAUGACCACCUCACGAGGACCGUCGUCGAUUCUCUCCUUGGCCUGGCAUGCCUCCUCCUCCAAACAGAAAUCUGAUAUGCUAGCAACACUGUGGGCGAAUGGAGAUCUGAGGGUUUGGAGCGUUGCAAAGCCGCCAGCGAAAGAACCUCCUAGGGUCAUUCGAGUGUUAAAACGAUCAGAUGGCUCGCCUCCAUCGGAGCCGAAAUGGAUGGCCUGGUCGAGAAAUGGGAGAAUUGUACAAUAUCUCGAUGGAGAAACUUGGGCCUGGGAUGUCAGGACAAAACAUGUCACAUAUGAGCCAGUUCCGACCAUCGACAACCCUCGUGGCUUUGCGAACUUCGGGCCCACGGCCACUCUUUUCACUCUCGGGCCCCAAUUUACCGUUCAACAGUAUGAUGUGGAGGCUCCAGCGAUGGUCGCCAAUGUGCAGCAUCUUCCGGCCAGCGCUAUACCUUUGCCUCAGGAGCAAGUGAGUUUACGGAGUCUAGAGGAUCCACCGACUAUAAAAGAGUCUGCAAAUGGCUACAACCCCAGAAGAACGCCAUUUGAUUCGAGCGGGGUUGAAGCUGUCCGGCAACAACGAGCAGAAUUGAGCAGUCCAGUCUCGUCUCGGAGUCAUGCUAACUCGGUGAGUUCGAAGGCGUCCUCGGGAAAAUAUAGGAUGGCCACCUUUUCGCCACCGAGCAGGUCGGGAGUGACUGGGACUUCAUUUUCAUUGACAUCUGCAUCCGGUCGAGAUACGCCUCAGGCGUCUGGAGCUUCGUAUGCUUAUGCAUCCUCCGUCUCGAUGUCGUCUGUUAAAAGCUCCCGUGCAGGGGGCUCGCGGCUGAGGAAUGAAGUUCAGCUCAGCCCAGCAGAUAGACCCAGUGAUCUAUUCCCCUUCACGCGCGCACGUCUUAAUGAUGUGCCAUACGGACAUCAUCAGCCGCUCGACGAAUCUUGCCUUACUCCAGACGAUUUACGACAACAGAUGCUGAGCGUUGUGUUCGGUUUUGACGGUGAUAUUGAAGGGCUGAUCCGAGACGAAAUGAGCCAUCAUGCUCCCUCGAGCCAUCAUGCCGUGUUAUUAGCUCAAUGGCUUGGAGAAUCUGACACUGAUCACAUGGUUUCGAUGAUUAACUCUGGCCCCGCAACAACUACCGAUUGGAUGCUUCUCGCUUUUAGCCAAAUGUCUGGAGAAUCUCAGUCGAAUAAGUUUGGACAGGCCUUUGUCCAAAAGCUCCUGGAGAUCGGAGAUAUACACACGGCAGCGACCAUAUUGCUAGGGCUCGGAGACCGGAACGAUGCUAUCGAGGUCUAUGUGUCGCAAAACUACUAUAUGGAAGCAAUUCUUUUGACAUGCCUUGCUAUGCCCACAGACUGGCAGCGACAGUCAUACCUUGUCCGUCGAUGGGGUGAGCACGUAGUAUCACAUUCACAGCAGCAGUUGGCAAUUCGAUGUUUUAUGUGUACAGGUGUUGAACCAUCGGAGCCAUGGACGUCGCCUGCCGCUCAACAGGCAGCAUCAUUUGCCGAAGUUAUUGCAAAGAGACCGCAGAUACAAACACCAGAGCCACCAUAUCAGAAGCCUGCGGACCCUGCGAACCUGAUGGUGCCAAAUUCGCAUGCUAGACCGACAGCUAGCACCACUAGGCCAGGUCUAAAAAUGCCAGCUCUCAAGCUGAUCACAUCAUUUGACUCACAACCAAACCACAAAUACAGCUUCCCCGGCUUGAAGUCAGACGAUAGGACGCCAACAAAUGCUCCAGGGGUUACGCCUAUAGCUGAAUCGGCCGUCGUGGAAUCGGCUCUUUCGCCCGGUGGGUUUGGUUCCUACAAGCUGAACAAUACCCAGAGCUUGAACCUUGCAAUGAACGGACGAACGAACACACCUGCUUUCAAUAGGCGCCGUCUCCCUUCUAUUGGGGAAACGCCGGUUGACGUUCACCCGCCAACCUUUGCCGCGCUUGCAUUAAAUGACAAGCUUGCAAUGGAAUAUGGUUCAAACUCUGAAAAUGAAGAGAUCCAAGGACAAAAACAAGAGGACAACGAAGAGGGAGAAGGGCUCGGCUUACUAUCUUCUGCGCGAUACGAUCCAGAAGAAUACAAACCUAGUCCGCAAACUGCUGUUCAGGCGGCAAAAGACCAGUUCGCAGGGAUCAAGGGCCUCCCCUCGCCAGCUGUCGGUGUUUUCGAGGCGUUCAAGGAGCGAUCUGACAGUAGGGCAAGUACUCGAGAACGGAAGCCAGAGGGCUUGCAGCUCCACCUGGGCAGCUCCUCUCAGAACGAUAUUCAGGAGCACCCAAAUCUCUUAGCAAACUUCAGAAGUCCAGCGUCGACCUUGAACAGUUUUAGCUCCGCCAAGACUCCUAGUGUGAGCAGCCGAAGUAUUGAUCAGUAUAUUAGCAGUUUGGGGGAGGCAAGCCACCAUUCGCUGAAGUAUCAGACUCCGAGUGUGAAUACUCCUGGGCGCGGACGAAGAAACACGGAUGACGCCACCAGUCAAGCCUCGAGUCGCAGAUACCGAUCCAGAAACGAAUCCCAAGAGACUCGAGGCCGACAUGGGAAAAGAUACAUACAACCUGCCAAACGUUCGCCAUCCUCACCAGUUCCUAUGUCGCCCGAAGAGCUGGCACGGAUCAAUGCAAGCGCUGCAAAAAAACCAUCGUCUCGAACGCGCAGUGCCAGCAGGGUGCGGAAACCACGCUCCCGCAAUUCCUCUGAACGUCGUCAGAAUCGCUCGGCAAGCCGCAAUACCGCCAGUCGUGUUGACACCGAAAGUUCUCAGCGGGGACGCAGUAUGGACCGCCAAGCUUCGAACAUGAGAUCUCCUUCAUCUCCACUACCACUCCCUACAAUGACUCCAGAUGACGCUAUGAGGCUAGUGGCAAGCGAUAGGGAGCGCUUGCGGGUACGCCAGCGGAGUAACAGCGGCCGUCCGGACAGAACUAUGAGCACGAAAGGCGACGAAGCAAGGCGUCCCAGAACAGACUCUCGUAGCCAGUUUGAUUUGGACAUUGCAGCCCAUGCAGAGCAAGGCGCCGUCAUCAUCUUACAGGACGAAACCUUGGGCGACAGCGCAUACUUUGAUGAUAGCAGCCAGGAGGUUAGAGAUAUGGUGACUGAACUGGCACGCGAGCCUCCAUCGGCGGUCAACAAUCAUGCCGCUCUGAUAGAGCAGAGGAGAAAGCAGCUUGCAGCUGCUGAACUCGAGGCACGCCGCCUGUCCCUGGCACGUAAUCCAUCUGCGCCAAACAUCCCAUUCCCCGGGGAGUUACAGUCCGCACGCACUGCUCCGGAAAGCCCGCCGUUCUCGAUGUCGUCGUUUACGCCACAUACUCCUGGUCGGCACAGGCCUACUGCUAGCAAAGGAUCGCCAGUUGGUCCAAGCAGUUCCGAAUCGAUUCCGUCUAGAUCAAACUUACCCUUUGGAUUGCCAUCAACUCCUCGAGCCAUGCGACACCCCAAGUACAACGGGUACGAAGAGACCGUAGCAGUGCCUCCGGUGCCUGACAGCACUAUUCUCUUGAGCGACGCAAGAUACCAAGGAGAUGCAGAGAAAAUCGGCCGAUCAAUGUCAGUUCCAGUCCCUGAAACCCAGCCGUCUGGCCUUGUGCCCACCGAUUUGCCAAUGCAUCCACGAUUCAACCCACGUCUACCGAGAAGUCGCUCGACCAGUCGGUCACGUGGCAAAGGCCAUCAUCGAGAGAGUAGUGGAAACAGCUAUGGCGGUUCUCCCGUCACAGUGAGCAUUGAAGAGACCAUUGAGAAUGCACUUGUGAUGCAACAGGCCGAGAACCCGCCCAUCUUGCCCCAGCUACAACAUUUGAAUCCUCCGCCACCUCCCCCUCCACCUGUCCCUCCGCUAGCCUCCCCUCGACAAUCCUCAGGAACGAUUGAUAUUGCAUUUGAUAACGAGGACUUUGGACGGCUUCUUCCUCGCGCAAUGACUGCCGCUCCGGCACCGAGUACGGACACUCGUCCUGGCUUGGAACAACGCCGCCGCAUGUCCUUCGAGCAUCGACGAGGCCGCAGUGUGAACGAGAGCUUGAGCACGAAGAUCCGCAACCUGACACGCGUCGGUAACAACAAAGGCAGUGAGCCCUGGGUGUCUGCUGAGAUUCACAUCCCGUAUGAAAGCGUGCAAGUGAUGGACGGUCGGCUUUAA